CGCAUAAGCAUAAUAAGAAACCCAAAAAUUCUGGAAUAAUGAUCUUGUGUGCGGAAAGAAUAUAUACCUUUUAAUUUUUAAAGAUCAAAUGACUAUUAUACCCUCAAAGGCUCGAACUUAUUACCGUUUCUCUUCCUUGUUUCCUGAUACGAUUCAUAGAAACGCCUCAAUUACAAUUUCUUCUCCAUCUCCCAUCUUCUACUAUCUACUCUCUAGCCACCGCCGCACCUCUCCGAUCUCCGGCGCCACCUCUUCUCUACUUAGCCCUGCUCUACUCAGCUCUCCGAUCAGCUGCUCCGGUGAUCUCUUUCCAGAAACGGGUCCUUGUUUGGCGGAGACCACUUAUCUGAGACAAAGCCGGCCAUGGUCAAACCAAUUUGGCACAACCAGAGCUUCUUCCUCCUAUCAACAUUGGGCCCACCCACCUUUCUCUGCUAUCAAAACCGAUGAUGGAAAAAUCUUUGCUCGAGGUGCCCAAGAUGACAAAUGUAUUGCUAUCCAAUACCUAGAAGCUCUCAGAAACAUCAUAAAAAGAGACCCUGAGUUCAAACCCAUUAGGACACUUCAUAUAUGUUAUGUCCCUGAUGAGGAAAUCGGUGGGUUUGAUGGGAUGCAAAAGUUUGUGGAAUCAAAAGAGUUCAAAGAAAUGAACGUAGGAUUCUUUCUAGAUGAAGGACAAGCUUCAACUACCAAUAAAUAUCGUGUGUUUUAUGCUGAUAGAUCUCCAUGGAAUCUUGUAAUCAAAGCUGUUGGAAAACCAGGACAUGGAUCAAAGAUGUUUGAUGACACUGCAAUGGAGAAUUUGAUGAAGAGCAUCGAGGUUGUGUCAAAAUUUAGAGAGAAUCAGUUUGAUUUGGUGAAAACCGGGGUUUUAGCAAACUCCGAGGUUGUUUCUGCAAAUCCGGUUUAUUUAAAAGCGGGAACUCCUUCUAAAAAUGGAAACUUUGUGAUGAACAUGCAACCUUCUGAGGCGGAAGUGGGUUAUGAUGUGAGGUUGCCACCAACUGUGGAUCCGGAUCUUUUGAAGAAACGGAUUGCUGAAGAAUGGGCACCUAAAACAAGGAACAUGAGUUAUCAUAUUGUGGAGAAAGGACCAUUGAGAGAUUAUAUGGGGAGACCUUUGAUCACUGCAACUAAUGAUUCGAAUCCAUGGUGGAAUGUUUUUAAGGAUGCUGUUGAAGCAUGUGGUGGGGUGCUUGAGAAGCCUGAGAUUUUGUCUUCUACUACUGAUGCUAGAUAUAUAAGGCAACUUGGGAUCCCGACUUUUGGAUUUUCACCUAUGAAGAACACCCAAAUUUUGCUUCAUGAUCAUAAUGAGUAUUUGGAGGAAACGGUGUUUUUGGAGGGUAUUAAGGUAUAUGAAUCCAUCAUCAAGUCAUUGAGUUCCUUUGAGGGAUGA